GAGGAAGCCAUGUUGGAUUUGAGUUUCAUAUCAAAACAAAUCCUACAUUUUAUACAAUUUCCCAUCUUAUAUCCAUGUUUAUAGAUGUAUAGUCAUAUCAAGUUACAGGUUAAUCAAUACUUCUCCACAGGAGGAAACACAUGAGACAAGGCUCUAUUAGAAGGCCCCUUUAGAAGUUUGACACUUGACUUUCAACAUGGAAGUCCCAGCAUUCUCAACAUUCAUCAACGACGCCAUUGUGAAUGUUGCAUUGACGAACAUUACAUUCCAAAGAGUUAUGAAUAUUUUUGGACUUGUUACAGUGUCCCUGCCUGAUGAGGAAAAGCUAGAAGUGAUCGUAAAAAUACAACAGACUCUUUUUAAACCACCGGAUUCAACUGCAUUGCCGAAAUCUCCACUUUUGCUGAGCAGUGUUUUUCAAAAAAACUUCAGGAAAGUCAUUUCAGAUAUGAUAGAGAAAGAAAUACUGAAUGUGAUAAUAACGCACUUUGCUCCAAAGUCAUCAGUGACUGUUGACAGCAUAAUAACUAUCACCCAGGAAAAUCUGCCGUAUAUUGUCGCCAAAAUGCAUCGUACUAUAUGCUUUGGGAAACCCUUAGAAGAAAUGCCAAAAGAAUCUCAAGAUAAAUAUUAUCUUAAGAAUUGUACAGCCAACCCUGAAAAUCGGGAUUUUAUUUGCCUCAAACUGAAUGACAUUUCUAAAACCAAAAACAAAGUUAACAAAGGAAAGGGAAAAUUGCCUGCUGACAAGAGCGAAAAAAUACAGGGAAAUGUGGGGAAAAAAGCAACUGGAAGGUGGUCAUGUCUCCAGGAUUUACAACGAGAGUCUUUUAAUAUAAUCCCUAAGAAAUCAAAACCAAAUAAAAAAAGGAAACGAGAUGCAAUCACAGAACAGCUAGAUGAGAUUUUCAAACUUGAUGCACAAGGCCUUCAAGGUAAUCUCAGUCAUCCAGAUCAAGUGAAAACAGAGAUUAUCGAUCAUGAUUACACUAAAGCUUAUGGUGAAAAUGUCCCCGAAGCUGAUGAUAGAAUUGUUAUGAAGGGUGAUGACUUUAAGGUUGUAUGUGAGGGUGACUCAGAGAGUGAAGACAUUGGAUUAAAUAAUGAAAGCCAAGAACUGUGCCAUUCAAAUAGGGAUGAAAAUAUUGAUCAAACUGGUCACAAUAGCAACAGUUCUGAUCUCUCGACAUACAAUGUUGAAUAUGAAAACCUCUAUCAAUUGCUUCAUUCAAAGACUAGUGCAAGCAGUGAAGGUACUAAAGCAAGAAAAGAAGGUACUAAAGCAAAAAAUAAAAGUACUCAAGCCAGAAGUAAAAGAAAUAAAGCAAGAAAUAAAGGUACUAGAGUAAGCAAUGGGGGUACUACAACAAACAACGAUGGAGCUGAGGCAGUCAUUUUAGGCACAGUAACAAAGGUGAAUAAAAAAAAUGGUAAAAGCUUGAUGAGUUUUAAGGCAAGCAAAAUAGGCACUGCUGCUCUGAAUGAGUUGACAGAUAAUGCAGAAAGGACUGAAAAUCAACCUGAGAAUAAGGCACCAGAAGAAAAUAGCACACAAGUACAACUCAUAAAAUGUCGCGACUGUCCAGAAAUAUUCAAAAACAGGAAUGCUUUUUUACUACACGCACCUGUAUGUUACUAUAACAACCAGUAUCCGAAAUUAAUAAACAGUAAGAGACACCACAUGUUCCAUCACCCUAUCAACCCCAAGAGACCAUUAAUCAGUUGUGAUAUAUGUGGCGAGAUAUUCACCGACAAACAAGACCUGACCAACCAUCAAGAGAAAGAAAAACAUACAGGGAAACUAGAAAAAGUAGUCUGUCGUUAUUGCCCAAGGUCAUUCUCUUGUAAGAGUUCGUGUUCAGUGCAUGAACGACUAAAGCACAAGGUGUAUGUAAUGGGACAGUACAAGUGUAAGUAUUGUACCCAGCGAUUCCAUAGCAUAGGUAAGCGCAGAAGACAUGAAAAACUUUACUGUGGCAAGUUUUAUGAAAAAUUCACUGAUAUACAAAGUGACCCAGACUCGGAUGAAACUGAAAUGACAGGUACUGCCCAUAAUAAUACAAGUGAAGACGGUACAACAUAUGAAUGUAAAUAUUGUUUGAAGGCAUUUCACAAGCAAGGGCAGUGUGAAAAGCAUGAGGGAAUGCAUGAAAGGCUUCAGCAAGAGCGAGUUUCACUUAACCCUGAAACAGGGGAUGUGACAAUAAAUGAACUUGAUUCAAAUGAUACACAAAUGAUAGACAGUCCCAGUGCUUUACAAAACAAAACAGACAGUCUCCCAAAUGAUAUUCAUGAAAUGAACACUCUCGAUGAUGAUGCAAAAAUGUCAGAUGAUGAUCCUGUAACAGAAGAAGAAUUGACAGGCAUUUCCUCAAAAAAAGCACAGAGCAUGCCUGAUAAGAAAAAGAAAUAAAUGUCACACGCAGCACA